GAAUGUCGAGUAAGGGAGAGUUAACUGUAAGUAGCUGAUCCAACGUAUUGCUCAUAUCUGCUAAACACCGAGGCAAUAUUGUGAAAUGUUCUGUGAAUUUUCAGAAUAUUCUUACUCUGACGUGGCUUCCGAUAGUGAAUCAUUUCCGUCAACGUCAUCCAGAUGCAACAUCUCUUGAAAGGUUCUUUUUUGGCGAUGGCUGAAUCAGAGUUGAUUGGGGUUGACCUGAUUCGUGGUAGAAUGUUCAAUCGAAUAACAAGAGUUCACAUGUAAUAUAUUCUGUGCUGAGAUUCUUUACGAAUAAGAGUUUAUAUCAAAAUAAGUUUAAUUAAAAAAAAAGCCUUUUAAAGCAUAAUCUCUAACUUCGAUUAAUAUAAUACCCACUUUCGGUCAUGCAAAACGAUCCACCCUAAACCACUCGCGAGCCAUAACGAAUGAAGAAAAAUCCCAGCCGAAGAUUCCCCACUUUACGGUAUUCUCAAUCAUAAACUAAGCACGGGAGGCCUGUCAAGCGAUCUAUCCAGCUCGAUAAUCGCCCAAGCAGACAAGGUGUUCUUUAUUAUAAAAAGCAAAAUGUUGCGCCUCCUCCAUUCUUAGUAUACAACCACUCCUCAUCGGGUCAACCGAACCAGCACCGGAAAAUAAAUACUCGCAAGCCUCAAACGGUCAAUACCUCCAAUCGCAACAAUGAGAUUCAUUAUUACUGUAAGCUUAUUUAUUCAAUUAGCUGUGGCACAGAUCAACCUCCACACAUGUUUCGACAACGAACUCUGCAUCGAUCUGCGAGAGUGCCCUAUCUAUAAGGAAUACGCCAACAUAGGAUUCCGAUACUGGCCGGCGGAGUUGAAGAAGAUGGCCAAGGAAAAGAUCUGCAACCAGGAAAUGUCCAACGGGGAGCGAAUUAUCAGCGUGUGCUGCCCAACGGUAAUGAACAGUCGAAAAUGCGGAGCACAAGCCGGUGAUCGAAUAUCCAAGGGCUUUGUGGCGAAACCUUUCGAAUAUCCGUGGAUGGCCUUGCUGCAGGACCAGAAUGGAAGGUUCGUCUGCGGCGGCACUCUGAUAAGUGAGAGAUAUGUCCUCACGGCGGCUCACUGUGUCAAAUUUGGUGGAAUACGUUUAGUUCGGCUCGGAGAGAACGAUAUCAAUAAGAAAGAAGACUGCAACAUUCUGGACGGUGAAGUGGAUUGUGCGCCUCCACCACAGGAUAUCGUGAUUGAAGAAAUCAUAAUCCAUCCAGAGCACAGCGAACGACGAAAACUGAACGACAUAGCACUUAUUCGACUGGGAAAACCCGCAAUACUUGGAGAGAGCGUUCGUCCGAUUUGCCUGCCCAAUCGAGACUACGUACAGCGAACGGUCUCUCCCUCGUUCCUCAUCGUUUCUGGUUGGGGUCUCACGGACCGGAAUGAAUCCUUCGAUGUGCUGAGAUUCGCAAAAGUACCGCCAGUUCCCCUCACCGAAUGUGCCCCCAGAGUGCAAUCUCUAAUCACGGCGGUCAGGCUGGACGACAGUCAUGUCUGUGCCGGAGGAGUCGACCAGGUGGACAACUGUGCCGGAGACUCCGGCGGACCUCUACAGUAUAUAUCCAACACGACAUCGAAGUACAUCCAGUACGGUAUUGUUUCAUUCGGGACAAAAAGCUGCGGCAUUUUAAGUGAACCCGGAGUAUACACCAAAGUGGAGCACUUUGUGAAUUGGAUUUUUGAGGUAGUCAAAGAUUAAAUGUCUGCUGAUGUGUCAUCUCGCAAUAAGCGUGUUUGGACAUAUUGAACACAAAACAUUCACAAGCCUUUCAACAUAACUGUGAUAGUGAGCCUUUGCUUUCUUAUUUUUCUUAUCUUAUCUUUUGUUCUUAAACUUUCAAUACACUAAGCCAACUAACAAAGAUGGCACAAGGCGAAUGAAACGAUUUUUGAAGUUCUUCUUACUUUAUUUUAUAAUCAUUUACUCCGAAAACGGCAUGAAGAAACCUCGUAAAAUUUAAAUUCUCGGUCAUAGUUCAACACUGAAUAACAAUUAUAACCCUCUACCGGCAGCUUCAUAUUUUACCGCAAUAAAAAUAUUCAAACCUCGAUAA